UGUUUUUACUUACCUUAUUGGUCGAGAGGUGACCUUCGCUGACACUGUGAAGUGGAUUGCCUGCAACAAUAAAGGUUACUACACACACGUCUCCACGCUGGCCGAUGUUCAGGAGAAUGUCAUGGAGUACCUUCACGUUCUGAGUCGACCAAUGGUCAUCAACCAUGAUCAUGACAUCAUCUGGACAGAGGCUUACAUGGACAGUGUGCUGCCCAACACAGCAGAGCUGUUCAACACCCAGGCUCAGAGCCUGCUCCUCAUGACCUCUGUGGCCAUGCCUGUGUUCAGCAAGAAGAAGGAGACGCUGUCUCAUGGUAUUCUGCUGGGGGUGGUGGGGACUGACGUCCCUCUGAGAGAACUGAUGAGGCUGGUUCCGAGAUACAAGCUGGGUGUCCAUGGUUACGCCUUCCUCAACACCAACAACGGUUAUAUCCUCGCCCACCCUGCCCUCCGACCCCUGUAUAAGGAGGGAAAGAAGCUGAAGCCAAAACCCAACUACAACAGUGUUGAUCUGGCUGAGGUGGAGUGGGAGGACACGGAUGAGACGUUGAGAACUGCCAUGGUAAAAGGAGAGACAGGUACUCUGUCCUUAGACGUCAGAGCCACUGUAGAGAAAGGGAGGAGAGUCAUGUUCCUGAAGAAUGACUACUUCUACACAACCAUCAACGAGACUCCGUUCAGUCUCGGCAUGGUGCUGACCAGAGGGCACGGAGAAUACAUCUUCAUUGGGAACGUGUCUGUUAGGGAAGGUCUCAAUGACCUGAUGCAGCCAGAUGUGUCCAUCGCAAAUGAGUGGACCUACUGUGAGACAGACAUUGACCCUCACCACCGCAAGCUGACCCAGCUCCAGGCUGUGUUUCGAUACCUCACAGGGAAGGAACCUGAUCUGGAGUGUGAUGAGGAACUGUUGAGACAGACUCUGUUUGAUGCUGUGGUUACAGCCCCCAUGGAGGCUUACUGGACAGCAUUGAUGCUCAACCCAUCUGGUAUGGACGAGGGGGUGGAGACUGCGUUCCUGGGCACCCGGUCUGGUCUGAUGAGGGUCACCAGAUACGUGGGCAUUGAGAAACGCGUUGCCAAACCAAAGGUCUUCUCCAAGUCAGUACAUGACAGAAAAUGA